CAGGCCGACGGGCCAGAUAGCGCUGGGCGAACGGGGAAGAUACUAUAGCCCGGGUAUACAUGCAUGCCAGUUCACAUUUCGCCCUGGCUCGUUUACCUGUCAAAAGUUCGAACGUCUUUUGCUUGUCUUCCUUUUCGUGGCUUACAAGGCGAAUAUUUUCUGUGAUCUUCAAUGUCGCAUUUUCUUCCUUUUUAUUCAUUUCCUUUUCCUUGAUUCGCUGCAAAAAAAAAAACAAAAACUUGGAUUUACUUUUGUUUUAGGUUUAAACCUUCUUCUCGCCUUAGGUAAUUUACCACGUGAUAUAUCAUUAAGUAAGCUAUAGAUUUGUUCAUUAGUACCUAAUCCGCUCUGUGCGACGGGACUAUCGAAUCUAUCGAAUCUCUAUCGAGUCGAGCCAUAGGUUGCGUCGUCCUGGGCGCUUCUGGCCCCCUUCUGUCCGGCGCAGCUAACUACGUAAUCAUCAUCUCGCCAGAGAGCGCAGGCUAUAACCGUAUCUACGGAAGUGUAAGUACGGAGAUGCUAAGUACAUGGAUAUUAUUCCUAUACCACAGAGGCUAAGCUGCAGGAUGCGAUGGAAGGACUCAGGUACCAAACCCACCAACGACCCGUUGGAAAAGUGCUUGUUCUGCCCCUGAUCCCACUGGCUUAGGUAAGCAGUAGGAUCAAAGCAGCUGACGGUGGACUAACCCGAUGCAGACUAGUCAGAGUCAUCCAUUAUCCUCAAUCCACGUGACUCUCACAAGAAAAAGGGUCGCGUGGAUGCAGGGAGAAAAGGCGAAGAAGCUGAGCAGUUGAUAUAAAGGGGGCUGCAGAGAACAUCAUUCCAAUAUCCCAGUGCCAUGUAAGGAGCUACCUCACUGUGUAUAUAAGCACUACCUGCCGAAUAUUUUUUUGACGUUGAAGUUGAGAGCCGCGAGCAAAGGUGGAGGAGGAGGUUAAGCUAGAGCCGAUGGCGAGCGCUGCGGAAGAUACCCUUGAUGCCACAGCACCAUUGCUCGAAGGCCCACGCCAUGACAAUACCAGUCCCUCAGGCCCGGGAAACGAACCUAGUACAGCCGUUCGUGCUGACUCGGCUGCUAUAAGCACAGCGACCUGGUUUAUUUGGGCCUUGACCUUCACCGCCGGGAUCAGCGGCUUCUUGUUCGGAUAUGAUACCGGAGUUAUAUCGUCAACCCUAGUAUCGAUCGGAACAGAUCUCUCUCAGCGCGAGUUAACCAUCCUUGACAGGAGUUUGAUCACAUCUUCGACCAGCCUCUUUGCGCUUAUAGCCAGCCCCCUAGGAGGUGUACUGGGCGAUACAGUUGGCCGCAAGCCUGCAAUAGUCAUCUCCGGUGUCUUAUUCAUUAUCGGGUCUCUAUGGCAGGGCAUCACUUCCACCGUUUGGGGGAUGAUAUCCGGCCGGAGUUUGGUAGGACUGGCCAUAGGCAUGUCAAGUUUGAUAACACCACUGUAUAUCUCUGAGCUCUCUCCGUCACACCUACGUGGCAGGAUGGUGACUGUACUUAGUCUCCUCGUCACUGGAGGGCAGGUGAUAGCUUACAUCGUAGGGUGGCUCUUGUCCAGCCAGCCCGGAGGCUGGAGAUGGAUGGUUGGUCUUGGUUCUUCACCUGGUAUCAUACAACUUUUGGUACUUGCUUUUCUCCCCGAGACUCCAAGAUGGCUUGUCCGCGCCAACCGGGCGAAUGAAGCCCGCCAAAUCAUGCGAAGAGUCUACGGUGAUACCACGCAGAGUAACCAGAUCGUUGAACAUAUUCUUGGAGACAUCCAGCUGGAAGUACUACAUGCCUCGGCUGAGAUAGACGCUCAGCCAGGUAACCCUGCUGGAGCCAGUCCUGCGUCCACCACGCCAGGGUUGUGGUUGCAGAAAGUACGAAGAACAUACACCGAGCUCUUCACUAUCGGCUGCCACCGCCGUGCACUCAUCAUAGCAUGUACACUCCAGGGCCUCCAGCAGCUCUGCGGCUUCAAUUCACUCAUGUACUUCGCGGCAACGAUAUUCAAGUCUCUCUCCUUCUCCUCGCCAACCCUCACAUCUCUCUCUGUCGCAGGAACAAAUUUCGUCUUCACAUUUCUCGCCUAUGCUCUCAUUGACCGUAUCGGCCGUCGUCGUAUACUGCUAUACUCUAUCCCAGUCAUGGUAGUGUCACUCGUUAUCUGCGCCAUUGCAUUUCCAUCGACAUCUCUCGGUGAGGGGGGCGCCUCCGGAACGCCAGCUCCAAAAAACUCCCAGGCCGCCAUCAUACUGCUCUGUCUUACGACAUACACUGCAUCUUAUGCUUCCGGAUUAGGCAAUGUGCCAUGGCAGCAGUCGGAGCUUUUCCCACUUAGCGUGCGAAGCCUUGGCUCUGCCCUAGCAACGGGUACAAACUGGGGAUCUAACUUCAUCAUUGGCUUGACUUUCCUACCUAUGAUGCGGUGGAUGGGAGCUGGAUGGACUUUUUUCCUAUAUGCCCUUAUCUGUGCCAUCGGAUGGGUGGGCAUAUGGAGGAUUUAUCCCGAAAUGACAGGGUUGGGUCUCGAGGGUGUCAGAGGCUUGCUUGACCAAGGCUGGGGUGUAGAGGAGAGUUGGCGGAUAUUUGUAGCGAGGAGUAAAUAUUCUAUUGAUACAUAA